GAUCGGACACGCGCAGUCGAGAUAGGGAGGGAGAGAGAGAGAGAGCGAGAGAGGAAGCAGGAGCGCGCUUUCCGUGUCUGGUUAGUGGACUGACAGCCAGCUGUGCGGCUACAACGACAACAACAACCUCCUGGAUUUGCUACAUACAACUAGAUUAGUGUCGGUCUGCUACUGAUCAUAAUCGUACACCGUAGCUCGUGUUUGAAGCGAGUACUCGACGGCACAAAGCUACAAACGGUAUCAUCGGCGGUGUCCGUGCUAACUAGCUAGAAGAGCAUUCCUCCAACAUGAAUCCGUUGUGUGACAGAUGUGGACGAGUCGUUUACCCCACGGAAAAAGUGAAUUGUCUGGACAAGUACUGGCAUAAAGGAUGCUUCAGCUGCGAGGUCUGCAAAAUGACUCUAAACAUGAAGAAUUACAAAGGCUUCGGGAAGAAACCAUACUGCAAUGCACACUACCCCAAGACAAACUUCACCUGUGUGGCUGACACUCCAGAGAAUCGCCGCCUCAAAGAGCAGAGCAAGAUGCAGAGCCAGGUUCUCUACAAGGAGGAUUUUGAGAAGAGUAAAGGAAAGGGGUUCAGCGUGGUCGCAGACACGCCAGAGAUGCAGAGAAUUAAGAAAACGCAGGAUCAAAUCAGCAAUAUAAAGUACCAUGAGGAGUAUGACAAGAAGAUGAUGGGAGGAAAGCCACAUAACAUACCGUGCAACACCAGCCAAGUUUCACCAGCAGCUUUCCAGCCGCCUGGAGCCUCUCAGAACUUCAACCAUGAGCCCACUCCUGUACCAGUGCAGGCCGCCGCCGCCGCCCCGCCUCCCAGUGCAGGGAAGCGGUACAGGGCAGUGUACGACUACGCUGCUGCUGAUGAGGACGAGGUGUCCUUCGUGGACGGAGAUGUGAUCAUAGACGUGCAGCAGAUCGACGAGGGCUGGAUGUACGGCCGCGUGGAGCGCACCGGUCAGCAGGGCAUGCUGCCUUCCAAUUACGUGGAGUCCAUCUGAGUGAGGGGGGGGGGAGGGGAAAGAAAAAGAGGGAGAUAAGAAUGUGGAGGUAGAGACAGGGAGGGAAAGAAGGAAAAGAAAAAGUCCAGUGCCAUCUCAUCUUAAUGCCGCUUUCUCUUGAUUUUACUCUUGUUCCUUAAUCUGUCCUGUGAGACUCUGAAUCACACCCCCAUCCCCUUCUGCGUCCCUGUGCUGCUUUCACUGCUCCACCACAGACACCCUUGACCUGUCUGUCUGUCCUUCUCUGUCUGUCUGCCUGCCUCUUUCUCUGUCUGCCUGUGCUGAUGUCUGUCUCUGUUUGGAUGUUCGUCAUCCUCUUUGUUUUCCCAAACCUGGCUCCACUUUCAAGUGCUGUCACAAGUGGAAAAAUGAAAGUCUUAAAAGAUAAACUCUCAGUUCAUCGCAGUAUGUCGGGGGUCAUGCCGUGUCCACAGCUCCAUCCUUGCUAUAGCGCUUAACAGUCCUAGCACAACAUCAUGCAAAAAUAUAGGAAGGAAAGAAAAAAAAAUUUAAAAAUGUAAAAAGCCCUUUUCCCCCACAGGUCAGUCACCACAGACAUUGUUCUGUGGAGUUAAAUAAGUUUUAGUGCGGGAGGGUGUGGCAUUUUGUAUAGGCUUGGUCUUUUUUUCUUCUUCUUUUACAUUUUGCAGCGUGAUCUUGGCCAGACUGGAAACACAGUGUAGAAUCUCAGUCUAUCAGAACUAAGCUUGAAUAUUUUUGACUUGUGUACAUUCCUUUAACCUCUAACCUUGUUGCUGUUGCACCAAUCAGCCAGUUAUCAGUCUUAACAGAGAGGUUUUUAAUAUAUUUAUAGAUUGACACGCAUCGCGCCAUUGCGUGCUGAAGUAGGCACCCUCGUGUUCGGCCCUGCAUCGUGUGUAUCGCUGUGAAACUGGAAUCGUAGCCUAACUGAAGAGCACCUUCUGCCGUGGCCUUUCUCGGGCGAUCCAGGAGGGAUCAGGGAGAAGUUAGGGGACAUUAUCAGUCCAUCUCUUGCAGCCACACUGAAUACAUCACCUCAGUUGGUGUGUACACCUUUUUAUUCCUGUUUCUUGCGGCCUGAAUGCCUUCAGUUCCGAGAGAAUCACAAAGUUAUGGUGAUCGAGGUUAAACCGUUAUGGGAAAAGGUCAAGUCCUUCCCCCUUUUUUUGCUACAAAAUCACCAGUAAAAAAACAUUCAUAGAAGAGAAGGCCAAGCACAAUUAUAUAUUGUGAAUCUUUUUUUUUUUUUUCUUCUCUUAUUUUAAAUUCAUUCCACUGUUUUUGUGAGUGAACAUUCCCAUCUUUAUUUUCCAUUUGAUGUGAGAUAAAUUGUUCAAUCCAUGGUUGUGGUAAAUGUCAUUCUCAUGCUGUUCUUCCUUUUGCCUUUCUUGUUACUGUUUUUGAUGCUUAUUAUUAAUAAAAAUUCAGUGUAUUCAAUAAAUAAAACUAGCAACUCAGUUUAUGAACCAA